AUGCAGUUGGAUCUUUUGAAGAAGUUGAAAGAGAUUGUAUGUUCGGGAAGCACUUUUGUUGUUGAGUCGGAGGUGAAGCCCAAAACACAUCCGCGGGAUCAUAAGAAGAUCAAUGUUUCUAUCCGUCGUGACCCAUGUGCAUUUGAGUUGGUGCAAUCUAGACAUGAUUCCUUCUCACCUAGGGACACUCAAAUCACUACAUUGGCUUCUACUCUGAAAACCAAAAAGAAACGACCUAUUAAGGGAAAGGAGAAGGUGAAUGCGAAGGGGAAGGUGUACAUUACUAGAAUAGUGAAACUUGGUGCAUAUGUUGACGCUUUCCCUUCUGGGUUGAAACCAUACAUUAAGUUUGUCAAGGAUGCAGCUGCAGAUGGGAAUUGUGGUUUUAGGGCUAUAGUUACUUCAAUUGGUCAUACAGAAGAUGAUUGGGCUCAGGUUAGGUGUGAUCUUUUGGGUGAGUUACACAUACACAAAAAGGAAUACAUUACACUUUAUGGGUCCUAUGAAAGGUUUGAAGAAUUGACAAGCAUAUUAUCAUACUUUGAAGACAGUCCUGGCUACUCACAUUGGAUGACUAUGCCAGACAUGGGGCAUCUUGUUGCAUCAUGCUACAAUCUUGUGUUAUACCAGCUGUCAUUACAGCAAUGUCUCACCUUUUUACCUCUUAGAACUGUUCUAGUACCUCAAUUUGAUAGACGUGAGAUUGCCAUUGGGUUUUUUUUGCAGCCAGGCCAUCCAGUUCCUCCUAUAGCCACUAAUUGGUGA